CGUUUAUCGGUCGCAGAACUCAACCAGACGGCCGAACGACUGACGGAGCUGCAGGGCUCUUGCAAACAGCUUGCAAACAGUCUCUUCAUACUCCUAGAGCGCACGGAGGCCAUCUGCCUGUGUAAUGUGAGCAGUGACUGUGUCAAGGCUAAACAACACAACUCGGAGAAGGUAGUGGUUUGA